AUGAUUCGUCAGUUAGGACCAGCGUCAUUGUUUUGCAGUUUUUCCUCUGCUGAAACAAAAUGGAUUUAUUUAUUGAGAAUCCUUGGUAAACUUAUUGAUCACAAAGAUUAUAGUGAUGAAGAAUUAGACAAUCUUACAUGGGAAGAAAAAUGUAGACUAAUUCAAAGUGACCCGGUUACAUGUGCAAGACAUUUUGACUACCAGUUUAACACUUUCUUGAAAGAAUUUUUAAUGAGCAAUAUAGCUCCUUUAGGGCAAGUAAAGGAUUGGUUUUACAGGGUUGAGUAUCAACAGCGAGGCUCACCUCAUAUCCACAUGCUCAUAUGGCUUCAAAAUACACCAGUAUUUGGCGUUGACAAGGAUGAAGAUAUAACUGCAUUCAUUGACCAAAUAAUAACUUGUUGUAAGCCAAGUAAUGAUAAAAAAUUGUUUGAACUAGUUAACAGGCAAACACACAGGCAUUCUCACACAUGCCGAAAAAAUCAAAAAAUCUUUGUAGAUUCAAUUAUCCCCAACCACCUAUGAGAUCUACACAGAUACUAUAUCCACUUGAUGAUAACACCUCUGACACUGUCGUAAAAAAACAGAAAAAAAUCAUGGAAAGAAAUUAAGAAUAAACUCAAUGAUCUAAAAGAGGGUAAAGACAUAACUUUUGACCAACUUCUCGAAGAGUUGGAUAUUUCAGAACAUGAAUAUAUCCUUGUUAUUCGAUCAUCUCUUAACUGUCCAACAAUAUUCUUGAAAAGAAGUCCAAAUGAAUUAAGGAUAAAUAACUACAAUUCUGCAUGUCUUCAUGCUUGGAGAGCUAAUAUGGAUAUUCAGUUUGUUCUAGAUGUUUAUGCUUGUGCAAUGUACAUUGUUUCCUAUAUUUCAAAGGCUCAAAAAGGAAUGAGUGAAUUGUUACGUAAAGCUUGUGCUGAAGCCAAAGAGGGAAAUGCAAACAUAAAGCAACAGGUCCGCGAUAUUGGAAAUAAAUUUUUGAAUUCGGUAGAAAUUAGUGCACAAGAGGCAGUGUAUGUCAUUCUACAACUUCCAAUGCGAAAGUCAUCAAGGAGUGUUAUCUUUGUUAAUACAUCUCCUCCGGCUGAGCGAGUUGAAUUACUUAAGCCAUUAAGUGAAAUAGAAAAAAUGUCAGAUGAAUCUGAAGAAAUUCAUUCUAGUGGUCUUUUGAAACGAUAUGUAGAACGACCAGACAUUUUGCAAAAUGUUACUUUAGCUGACUGGGCAGCAUGGUAUGACUCAUGUGGUAAACAUAAUUAUAAAAAGUCAGACAAAAAGGCUGAUAUUGAUAACCUUCCAGUUGAAACAGAGGAUGGAAACAAUGAUGAUGAAUUAUUUAAUGAAUUAGAGAAUCCUUCGAUAAGUGUUUUAUCUAAUAAAUCAAUAAAAAAAAGAUCUCAAGCUAGAAUAAUCCGAAGUGUUUGGUUCAAUAAGGAGGCUCAUCUAGGAAAACAUUAUCGUGAGUUAAUAAUGCUAUUUACUCCAUGGCGGAAUGAACAGACUGAUUUAAUAGGAUGUUUCUCCUCUUUCCAAGAACAUUACCUAGCUCGAUAUGAUGAAAUAAGUGAGCAGAUGAAACAAUAUGCAGUUUGUAGUGAAGACCUUAAUGAAAUUCAUCAACACUUGCAGGAAUGUGAUGAUGAUAUGUAUGACACCAUAGCCCCAGUAACACAACAUACUGAACUUCAAGAUCAGGAUGAAGGUAACACAGACACACAUCCAGAUCUAAACGAAAAUUAUGAUCUAUCAGCAGAUCUGGGUAUUCCUUCAACUUUACCUAAUAAUGAACCACUUGUGCUAAAUGAAAUGCAAGAUGAUGAAUAUCGAGGUUUCGUUCAAAUGCUCAAUAAAAAACAAAGAGAAUUCUUUUAUCAUGUUUUGCAUCUUAUUAAGACAUCUGAUAAACCAUUUUAUUAUGCAUUCUUAAGUGGAAGUGGAGGUGUUGGUAAAUCUCAUGUUAUCAAGUCCAUUUAUCAGGCUGGAUUAAAGUACUAUAAUUCAAAAGCUGGUGAAGAUUUUCAUCGCACUCAAAUAUUAUUACUUGCUCCCACAGGAAAGGCAGCUUAUCUUAUCAAAGGUAACACAAUUCAUAGUGCUUUAGCAAUUCCAGCAAGCCAAUCGCCUAAAAAUUAUAAACCUCUUGAUUCUGGUAGAUUAAACACAUUAAGAUGUCAAUUGGGUGCUUUAAAGUUGAUAUUACUUGAUGAAAUUUCAAUGGUUGGAAAUAGUAUGUUUACAAUUCAGUUGAAUAACCGUUUAAAGGAUUUAAAAGGAAGCAAAGAAGAUUUUGAUAGUGUAAGCAUCAUCACAAUAGGUGACUUCUUUCAACUUAAACCUGUUAUGGAUGGCUACAUUUUCACUGAUGUUCAAUCGCUAAGUUCAUAUAAUAUUCUUGUUCCAAACUUAUGGAAAAAGUACUUCAAAAUGUUUGAGCUGGAUGAGAUUAUGCGACAGAGGGAGAGCAAAAUGUUUGCUGAAAUUUUAAAUAGAUUAAGAGAAGGUAACCAUACUUCUAGUGACCUCGAGAAACUUAAGGAAAGAUGCGUUGAAGAACCUAACUGUCCAAAAGAAGCUCUACGUUUGUUUGUUCAAAACGCUUUGGUUGACAGCUAUAAUGAAAAAGUGUUUGAAUCUUUUAGUCGUAAUAAAUAUACAAUUAAAGCACAAGACAGUGUUAUUGGCGCUUGUUCUCCUGAGUCAAAAGAAAAAAUAAUGAGACAAAUACCUUAUGUUUCACUGAGAAACUCUAAACAGUUAGCUCAUAAACUAAAGCUUGCAGUCGGUCAACGGACAGAAAUUGCAAUCAAUGUACGAACUGUUGACGGUCUUACAAACGGUGCAAGUAAUGUGAUAAGAUUGAUACAAUUAAAUAAUGAAAGUAAGCCAUCUGGUAUAGUUUGGGUUCAGUUUGAUUAUGAAGAUGUUGGUAGAAAGACCCGACAGGAAAACAGGAGUCUUUAUAGUACAGGUAUUGAAAGUACAUGGACACCAAUUAAACCAGUUACAUCCCAGUUUGCUGUUGGCAAAACUAAAUCUGCUCAAGUUGUUAGAAAACAAUUUCCAUUAAGGCCUGCAUCAGCUAAAACUGUACAUAGAUCACAAGGUGAUACUCAGACACAAAUAGUGGUAAACCUAAAUACAAACAGGGCCAUUCCACAUAUACAUUAUGUUGCUUUAAGCAGAGUUACAACAAUCGAAGGAUUACAUAUCACUGAUCUAUGUGAGCAUAAGAUAUCUGUGGAUCAAAGUGUCGUAAAAGAAAUGCAAACCUUAAGAACAGAAGAUAGCUUCAAACUUUGUUUCACAUGCACCUUUAUAUCUGUUGGAUCAAUCUGA